AUGUCUGAAGCUGAUAAACAAUAUAUCUCCUAUAAUAACGUUCAUCAAUUAUGCCAAGUCUCUGCUGCCAGAAUUAAACAGUUUAAACCGGACAUCAUUAUUGCCAUUGGUGGUGGUGGUUUCAUUCCAGCUAGAAUACUGCGUACUUUCUUAAAGGAACCUGGUAUUCCAACCAUUAGAAUUUUUGCCAUUAUUCUUUCUUUAUACGAGGAUUUAAACACUGUUGGCUCAGAAGCUGAAUCUGUUGGUGUUACUGUUCAAAGAACUCAAUGGAUUGAUUACAACCAAUGUAAAUUAGAUUUAGUCGGUAAGAAUGUUUUAAUUGUUGAUGAAGUCGAUGAUACUCGUACUACCUUGCAUUAUGCUUUACAUGAACUAGAAAAAGAUGCCGCUGAACAAGCUGCUGCUAAAGGUGUUGAUCCAAAGAAGGAUGAAAAAUAUAAAACCAAUUUCGGCAUUUUUGUUCUACAUAACAAAUUAAAGCCUAAGAAGGCUGAUUUACCAGCUGACAUGUUGGCGGAUGAAAAUCGUUAUUUUGCUGCGAGACAUGUUCCAGAUCAAUGGUUAGCUUACCCAUGGGAAUCCGUUGAUAUUGUUUACCAUACUAAAAGGGCUAUAGAGCAAGGCAAUGAUGUCUUUAUGGAAUAG